AUGUCCGACUCGGAAUCAGAGGGAGGCGUGCCCCUGAUGGAAGCCCAGUUCGAUCUUGACGCGUCGUCGAAGAAAAGGAAACGGCAAGCCGAGCCCGAAGCCAGCAAGGACGGCAAAAAAGCAGCCAAGAAGGCCAAACGUAAAGAGAAGAAGAAGCAGAAAGCAAAGGCGAUUUCUGAAGACGAUCUGGACCAAGGGCUGGGAGUCAAUCACGCUUUCGAGCGCAUGGAUGGUCAGCUUGUUGCCGACUAUGUCAACGCACGAACACGGCUUUACGGGAAGGAUUUGAGCAGUGUCGAGCUCGAGGACUUGUGGAUUUCUGCGCGGACGGUGCAGGACAGCAGCAGCUGGACGGAGCCGCGAACUACAGACAAGCUGCCUGCCUUCCUCAAGAAGCAGGCAGGGACGCUGGAGGCGACGCCAUGCAAGCCGCCCGGCGCUCCCCACACGCUUGUAGUGACGGGCUCUGGGAUGCGAGCGGCAGACGUCUGCCGAUGUCUCAAGUCUGGGCUACCUACCCAGGGAGUCGAGAAGCCCAGCGUGGCCAAGCUGUUUGCAAAGCACCUGAAGCUCGCAGACCAGGUCGCGCAUUUGAGCAAGAGCAGAAUCGACUACGGGGUUGGGACACCGGAUCGGUUGAUGGCGCUCUUGCAAGAGGGAGCCUUGUCGACGGCCAACUUGAAACGAGUCGUGGUGGACGUGUCGUACAUUGACGGGAAGAAGCGCGGCAUUCUCGACAUGAGAGAGUUGCACGAGGCCGUGGUCAGGCUGGUGGUGUGCAAGCAGCUGGUGGGCGAGGACAGGCAAGGCGGCGAGGGACUGUUUGUGUGGUAUUGA